UAAAGUUAAAAACUACAAUAAAGCAUGAUAAUAUACAAAUAAUUGUCUUUAUGGAAAUAACACAAAAAUACCGUAAAUACCUUUUUUAAAGUACCAUAAAUCGACUUAAAGUAAGCACAAUACCCUAUGGGGAUUAUUAAAGGACCAUUACACUGAGUUAUUUUUUUUUUUCUGGCUGAGCUCCACAGUUGCUUCGGCUUCAGUCGGAAGUGUUCGGGCGUUUCCGGACGGGGCCGGUUGAGUGCCAGAGGGCAGAGCGCCGAGCGCAGCGGUUCACAGCGCCCGAGACCAGCGCCAUUCAUCCGAGCGGACCGCGGGCACACCUGGUCGGACCGAACAGAGCAGUUCUAGCGGCUGAACCAGCUCCGGACAGGUGAGCCUCUCUCUGCGUCAUACUUCUGCUCAGCUUCUGAAACAUUUUGAGGAACUUUUCACCCGAGAAGAUAUCAGUGUUAAAUGUCACUUUAAAGUUUUCCGUGACUUUAUCCCCCUCCUACCUGCGUGCAGCACUCUGAGGUUAAUCACUUGAGGAAUGCGGUGCCAUUAACGACGGGACACGACACUUCAACUUUAACUUUUUUUUUUUUUUUUUUUUUACCAACUUAUCCAAACAAAACAAAACAAAAAAAACACACACACACACACAAAAAAAAAAAAAAAAAAAAGAAAAAUUGAUCAUGGCCACGGGUGGAUUUAAGCCAAACGCCGCGACAGACUUUCUGGAGGAGUGGAAGGCGAAACGGGAGAAAAUGAGAGCCAAGAUGCUGGGGGACAUAGCCGCAGCGACCGGUGCACCCUUGGGUGCCAACAACCCAAACACCACCACCAACACCACCAACAACAACAGUCACCGCCACGCAGCCCCGACGGCCACCGAGCGCACCCACACCAGCAGCGGCAGCAGCCCGGACCGGAGCACCCCCGCUGGGAACUGCCUCCCUCCUUCCUACACGGUGGCUCGGUCCUCCUCCGGCACGGCUUUAAAGAGACCCGAGGAGGAGAUGCACCACCCUGCUUCACCCACCUCGACCCCGCCGGGGAGCAACCCGAAGAAGGCCACGCCUCAGCCGGAUCAGGCUCCGUGCGACUCCCCGGACUCCAGCCCGAUGGCGUGCAAUGACAGCGACAAGGGGAGCCCGUCUCCCAGUAAGGUGAAGGAGAAGAACAGCAGUGGUCCCAGUGCCAGGAAGGGGAAAGGGCAGAUCGAGAAGAGGAAGUUGAGGGAAAAGAGGAGAUCAACAGGUGUUGUCAGCAUUCCCUCCAACGAGAGCCUGGAUGAGCUGGACGAUGACGACGCGGUGGGGAAGGACAGGAAGGAGGAGGAGGAGCUGGUGCAGGCCAACACUUACCAGAACGAGGCCAUGACAGCCGACCCUGCCAUCGGCCACUUAAUGGAAACCCCCAGAUCUGGGAGCGGCCGCCACAAGAGCUCUACAGGAUCUGAGGAAGAGGUGGGUGGGAACAGCAGACAACGACACAACCGUCACUGCAGAGAUGAAGGAGCUGCAGUGAUGGGGAGUUUGGAGAAAAGGAUGGAGGAGCUGGAGAAGGAGCUGGCCAGAGAGCGCCAGGAGAACGACCGGUUGCUGAAAGCCCACGAGGACAAAGACGACCUCAUCGGGAAGCUGAGGGAGGAGAUUGACUUGCUGAACAGAGACCUGGAUGACAUCGAAGAUGAGAACGAGCAACUCAAACAGGAGAACAAGACUCUGCUGAAAGUGGUGGGUCAGCUGACGAGGUAGAACAUCGCAGCCUUCCUGCCCACGAUGUUUCUCCUGACGUCCUGCCCCGGGUCACGUCCAGCAUCACGGCCUCUAAUCCGUGUGAUUCUGUCUCUUUCUGUGUUAGAGGGGUGAAAACUGUAAACUAGUUUGAGUUCAGAGCAUCACAGCCUUUAAUGAGGAUUUAUCACAUGUGUUGUGAAAGCUGAGCGAACUAGGGGCUAACGGUCUCAUGUCCCGGGGAUUGUCUGUCAUCGUAUACAUAUUUAAUGUAAAUUUAUUGUAUAUAGGCCAUUUAGAUUUUUGUUUUGGGCAGGAUUUUUUGAUAUGGUCUUAAAAAGCAAAAACAAAAAAAAGGAAAAUGAAUGUAUGUGCUGCACAAACAACACACACAAAGUGUUUUUAAAACCUGUUUAGAGGUUGAAAAAACUUUUGUGCACUCAGCAGUCACCCCAGUAAAAAAAAAAAAAAAAAAAAAAAAAAAAAAAAAA